AUGGACGGCCAGGCUCUUACAAGAAAGGUUACCAUUCUCAAUGAUCCUGUUGAUCUAACCAUGGCCACCUUGGAUUCCUCGUCCAGCGGCAAAUCUGAAAAAGGAGAUGUAGACUUCGUCAAUGACAGUGUCGACUCAGCAGCUGUGAAACGAGCUAUCCUCAAGAUGGAUCUUACUCUCCUACCUAUUCUAACUAUGUUCUACCUGCUAUCUUUUCUGGAUCGUGCCAAUAUUGGCAAUGCUAGAGUCGCCGGUCUCCAAAAGGACCUCCUCAUGACAGACAGACAAUACCAAAUUGCGAUAACCAUCACAUAUGUUCCCUAUGUGCUCAGCGAGAUCCCUGCAAACUUGAUAAUUCGCAGAGUUGGUCCAAAUAUUCUCAUGCCAACUUUACUCACUAUUUGGGGCAUCAUCGUCUUGUCGCAAGGGUUCGUAACCUCAUUCAAGGGUCUAGCUGCCGCUCGCGCGUUCCUGGCGGCAAUUGUCAACAUGCAUGGAGUCGGAAACAAGCCUGCCUGGUCAUGGAUCUUCAUUCUGGAAGGCCUUUUCAGUACCUUAAUCGGUAUUCUAUCGUUUUUCCUUGUUCCUGUGUCUCCAAGGGACUCUAGGUUUUUGUCAGACGAGCAGAAGCGCCUAAUUAUACAGCGGCUCGACCGCAACCGACCAUUCGCAGUUCCAGUUGAUACCUUUAACAUUAAACGAAUCCUUUCAGUCCUGGUAACGCCACACGUCUUACUACCAUCCGUGAUCAAUUUUAUGGGUGGCACAAACCUCUUUGGGCUUGCCCUGUUUUUGCCAUCCAUCGUCAGUCAACUUGGAUACAGCUCAAACCGCACACAACUCCUCAGCGUUGGCCCAUUCGCAGUUGGAUUUGUUGUUACAGUCCUUCUUUCUUAUUUCUCUGACCGUUAUAUGAUAAGAGCCGUGCCUAUUGUUGGUGUACUUCUUUUCUCAGUUGCUGGAUAUUCUCUUUCUUUAGCAUCUACCAGCAAGCACAUGUCAUAUGCUGCUUUGUAUCUCAUGGUCCCAGGUGUAUAUGCCACUAUCCCCGUGAUAUCGGCAUGGUUCUCGAACAACACUGAACCGUACUAUCGUCGAGCAACUAGUAUUGCAUUGGGUCUCAUGUUUGCAAAUUGUGGCGGAAUUAUGAGUACCUGGCGAUACCCAUCACACGAAGGGCCGAGAUAUCAAAAGACUACCAUAAUGAACUUGACCUUCUCUUUAAUGAUGAUAACCUUGACCAUUGUCAAUGCACUGCAUCUGAUUUGGUUGAACAGGCAAAAGAGAUUGCGAAGAACCGACAUGCUUGCACCCUAUGCUACUAAGGAAGAACCCGAUGGUGGCAUACGUGCAUGGGUAGAGCUGGGUGAUCGCCAUCCGGAUUUUUUAUCACAUGCUCAUCGCGUCGCGGGUCGUUGGCGAGAGGUCAGCGUCAACCAGCGAACAGGCUUUGAUAAAUACUUAUACUUGUGGAUAUCCCCGAUACACGCAGUGCCUUAUCAAUUGUUGACCAGGUGCCAGCCAGCCAUGAAAGAUGUUCUUCUAGUAGGAUUUGGAGCGGUGGGAGCGAUAUGCGAACUCCCUUAUCCUGAAGCGGAGCGGUCUGGCAAGAGUUACAGCUGUUGCCCGGAGCAAUUUCGAAAUCGUCGACAGCUAUUCAAACGAGACAUUAUCGCGAAAGAGGAAGGGAUUCACUUUGAGAGUCGCAAGUACGGCAAUAUCAAGGGAUGGAGACCUGAUCGCUUAUGCAAAUCUGUUGCAGAGGCGGCGGAUAGACCUUACUCUUACGUGCUGGUCACUACUAAAGCUAUCCCUGAGCUGGUCAGAACAUCAGAAAUGUUGGCUCCUUUGUACUCAAAUGACUACAGAGCAAAAUUUCCUCAACCGGCAUAUGUCCUGCUUCAGAACGGCCUCAACGUUGAAGUGGAGUUGUAUAAAACCCUCAAAGCAACCUUACAUGACGAUCCAAAGAUCAUAAGCACCGCUCUAUGGAUAGGGACCAAUUUGUUGAAGCCAAAUGUAGUAGAGCACAAUGACUUUGACAGACUGUCUCUUGGAGUGUAUAGACAUGAAGAUCGUACAACAACAACAAACACCGCUGAGGAGGCUGCACUACUAGACGGUAUCGGGCACAUCCUCGAAGCUGGGGGGUCAACGAUUUCAGUUGUGCCCGAAAUCCAACGCGUGAAAUUCAAAAAGAAUUUCUGGAAUGUCGCGUUCUCUUCAUUUGCAACGCUCACACGGCAAGCUUCCUUGGUAUUGCAGCGAUAUACCCUCCCAGCCAUGUUCCGAGCGCCUCCUGAAAGUCCUUCGAAACCAUAUGAACCAUACGUUUCGCCUGCCACAGCGGAUCUCAUUUCUUCCUACACAAUCCCUGCAGUUAAAGCUACCCUCAAUGAGCUUAUUGUACUGGGCCGUGCUCUCGGGUUCCCGGAUACAGAGGACGGCCUUCCAUCCUCUAUAGCUGAAUCAACCUUCGAAGGGACGUGGAAAUUGCAUACACGGGCUGAUAGUACCCAUGUUCCCAGCAUGCUCCUUGAUGCUGAGAAAGGUUUCCCAAUCGAGGUGGAAGUGAUCGUUGGUGAGGUUGUCCGAAUGGCAAAGGAAAGAAAUGUCGAUCUUCCUAACCAAAUAUUGCGCAAGAGGGAAGAAGCAAAACCAACGCGCAAUGUUUGA